AUGCAAUCGCAGUUCACACCAGCUCAGUUCUCUUCCUUCAGUGGGAGAUUCGACUUUGAGAGGAUAAGAAGCGACACCAACCAAAUACAAUCCAAGUUCUCCAACUUGAGAUCGUUCCAACAAUUCUUUAACCUUCAAAGCUUGUCCAAACCCACGUCUUUAGCCAAUGUUAAGCAAAGAUUGUAUCACAACUUCAUGUUUUUUUUCUCAAACUACUUGCUAAUAUUUACAAUUUUUUCUUUCUAUGCUUUGAUCAAAAAUCUUUUACUACUAUUUGGACUAGUGUUCAUGAUAGUCAGUCUCUACUUGAUCAACUCAAUUCGAUCAAAAGAGAUCAAAAUUGGUUCGUCCAUAAAAUUGAGUCAAACCCAGUUAUAUGUGUUUGUUUUCAUUAUAUCUAUCCCAAUUUUGCUCUAUUCAAGUGCAUUCUCAGUGAUAUUUUGGCUCUUUAGUGUUAGUGGAAGCAUAAUCUUCACACACGCCAUCAUGUUUGAGAAGCCCAUGGAGUUGUAUGGCAGUGAUGUUGUUUAG